UGGAGAAUGAUAUUUCCGAUCAUGGGAAGGAUGACUCGAUGGAGUUAGUGAAGGAAGAAGAAGUUAUGGGUCUAGAAAAUUAUUCAAGCUGUGUGAGUGAGAUGAAGGAUGCCAGUGAAGAAAUCGAAGUGGAGGCCCCCAAGAGGGAGAAUGAGUUCCCAGGCGAGCCAUUCCAUUUUUAUAUGCUUGAUGCAUCCGAGCAGUCUUUUGGUGCUAAUGCAGGCACCUUGUACCUGUUUGGAAAGGUGAAGGAGGGUAACGCAUUUCAGAGUUGCUGUGUGGUUGUAAAAAAUAUGCAAAGAUGUGUUUAUGCUGUUCCAAAUGGAGCUGUAUUUCCAGGGGGCAAGAUAGUGGAACUUGAAGAGAAUAUUGCCAAUAUUGCCAAUUCCAAGGCUUCACCAUCAGAUUUUCGCACAGCUUUGCUAGAUAUGGCAGUGGGAUUAAAGAGUGAAAUAACUAAGAGAUUACCGCAUCUCAAUGGGUCCAAUUUUAGCAUAAAGCCAGUCAAGCGGAGCUAUGCAUUUGAGCGUCCUGACAUACGUAGAGGGGAACAAUAUGUUCUCAAGAUCAAUUAUCCGUUUAAGGAUCCACCAUUGCCAACAGACUUGAAACAGGAACAUUUCCUUCCACUGUUAGGUACAAACUCCAGUGCUUUGGAAUUGUUUUUGAUUAAAAGGAAAAUCAAAGGGCCCUCUUGGCUGGGGAUUUCAAAAUUUGCAUGCUGUCCAGCUUCUCAAAAGGUCAGCUGGUGCAAAUAUGAAGUAGUGGUUGAUUGUCCCAAGGACUUGCAUGUUUCUGCUUCAAAGGCUACUCCAGAAAUUCCUCCAGUAGUUGUUGCGGCAAUAAGCUUGAAAACCAUUAUUGGGGAGAAACGUACAACAAAUGAAGUAGUGUCAGCUUCUAUUAUCUGUUGUCACAAGGCAAAGAUUAAUAGCCCAAUGUCAGUUGAAGAAUUGGAGAGACCAGGCAUGCUCAGCAGUUUUACUGUUGUCCGCAAGCUUGGAGGAGGCAUUUUUCCAGUGGGCCUUGCAAAAGAAGCUGCUAGUCGAAAUUCAAAUGCUGGGUCUAAUGUGCUGGCACUGGAAAGCAGUGAAAGGGCCUUGUUAAAUCGCUUGAUGGUUGAAUUGCACAAAUUGGAUUGCGAUGUUCUUGUUGGGCACAACAUUUCUGGUUUUGAUCUUGAUAUACUUCUACACCGAGCACAGGUUUGCAAGGUGCGCAGCGAUAUGUGGUCUAAGAUUGGUCGUUUGAAGCGCUCUGUUAUGCCCAAACUCACCAAAGGAAAUUCCCUUUAUGGAUCUGGGGCAAGUCCAGGUAUCAUGUCUUGCAUUGCAGGUCGUCUCUUAUGUGAUACCUGUGUGUACUCGAGGGAUUUGUUGAGGGAGGAGAGCUAUUCUUUGACACAACUUGCAAAGACACAGCUGAAAAAAGAGAGGAAAGAGAUUGCUCCUCAUGAUAUUCCAGCUAUGCUCCAAAUGUCAAGCACCCUUCUUGAACUAGUUGACCAUGGAGAGAAUGACGCCAAGCUGUCUCUUGAGCUGAUGUUUCAUCUGAGCCUUCUGCCCCUCACCCGGAAGCUUACCAGUAUUAGUGGCAACCUUUGGGGGAAAACUCUCCAGGGUGCUAGAGCACAAAGGGUUGAGUACCUUUUGUUGCACGCUUUUCAUGCAAAGAAGUACAUGGUCCCGGAUAAGAAUUCUGGCUGCAGUAAAGAGAUGAAUACAACAAAGCGCAAAAUUAGUGCUGGAGCAGAGGGGGAUGAUAACGUUAUUUUAAAUAUUGACUCCGUGCCCCUACAUGACGGAGAUAUCGAGCAAGGAAAAGGAAGAAAAGGCCCUUCUUACUCAGGUGGUUUGGUAUUGGAACCAAAGAAGGGUUUAUAUGACAAAUAUGUAUUGCUCUUAGACUUCAACAGCCUGUACCCUUCUAUCAUUCAAGAAUUCAACAUCUGCUUUACUACAGUUGAGCAUUCUCCUGAUGGUGCGGGCGCCAAUCUGCCAUCUUUAAUACCCGUCGGGGUUCUACCUGAGUUGUUAAAAAAAUUGGUUGAUACAAGAAAAACGGUCAAGUCAUUGCUCGAGAAUGCUUCUGGGCUUCAAGCCCAACAAUAUAAUAUUCAACAAGAAGCAUUAAAGCUUACAGCAAACAGCAUGUAUGGUUGCUUGGGCUUUUCAAAUUCAAGAUUUUAUGCAAAACCACUUGCAGAGCUCAUAACACGUAAAGGAAGGGAGAUCCUGCAAAGUACUGUGGAUGUAGUUCAGAACCACUUGAACUUGGAGGUAAUUUAUGGGGAUACAGAUUCUAUUAUGAUCUACACAGGACUAGAUGACAUAAACAAAGCCAAGACAAUUGCCAGGAAAGUCAUUCAAGAGGUCAACAAGAAAUACAACUGCUUAGAGAUUGACCUUGAUUGUUUGUAUAAGAGAAUGCUUCUUCUCAAGAAGAAGAAAUAUGCUGCUGUGAAAGUUAAGAAUGGGAUUCCCAAUGAGGAAACAGACUGCAAGGGUGUUGAUAUGGUUCGACGAGACUGGAGUGACCUAUCAAAAGACACGGGAAAAUUCUGCCUCAAGCGGAUAUUAUCUGAAAUGUCCUGUGAAGAUGUUGUUGACUCAAUUCAUAGUCAUCUUAUGAAGGUACAAGGGCAGAUGAGAAAUGGUGACAUAAAGAUUGAAAAAUAUGUUAUCCGGAAGACAUUAACAAAGCCACCAGAGGACUAUCCCGAUGCAAAAAACCAACCUCAUGUUCAGGUCGCCCUAAGAUUGAAGCAAAAUGGUUAUCCUGGUUGCUCUGCUGGUGAUACAGUUCCUUAUGUUAUAUGCUGUCAGCAGGAAUCGAAUUCUGGUUCUUCUGCUGGGAUAGCUCAAAGGGCUAGACAUCCUGAUGAAUUUAAAAGAGAUGGUGGCAAUUGGAUGAUUGACAUCAACUAUUACUUAUCACAGCAGAUUCAUCCUGUGGUAUCACGUUCAUGUGCUUUCAUUCAAGGCACUAGCCCAGCACGUUUAGCUGAUUGUCUUGGGCUAGAUUCAUCGAAGUACCAAUACAAUGCUUCUGAAUCUGCUGGCAAAGGUCCUACUGCAUUGCUUUCUGUGUUUUAUGAUGGUGAGAGGUAUUCUGGGUGUGUACCUCUUAAGCUAUCAUGCCCCAGUUGCUCAAGCUCCUUUGACUGCCCCCCAAUAUCCAGUUUACUAUCUACUUCAAGCAAUAGAAGCCAAUCAAAGACACAAACAGAAAAUGAGCCAAUAAACUUCUGGCGCACAAUGCAAUGCCCCAGAUGCCCGGGUGAUGUUGAUUGUAGAUUAUCUCCUGCCAUGAUUGCCAACCAGGUCAAAAGGCAAGCUGAUGGUUUCACAUCCUUGUAUUAUAGAGGCUUAAUGAUUUGUGAUGAUGAACUGUGCAAGCACACCACUCGUAGUAUAAAUUUACGUGUAAUAGGUGAUGCAGAAAGGGGGACUGUUUGCCCAAACUAUCCUUGCUGCAACGGCCAUCUUGUUAGACAGUACACUGAAGCUGAUCUAUACAAACAAUUUUCCUAUUUGUGCUACAUUCUGGAUUCUAAAAGGUUCCUUGAGAAGCUUGCAUUAAAGGACCGAGCACCAUUUGAAAAGGAAUUAGCAACGAUUAGACCAGCAGUUGAACUGGCAUCUUCAGUGAUACACAAGAUCAGAGACCGAUGUGCUUAUGCUUGGGUUUCACUUGGAGACCUUUCGGUCUCAGUAUGAUUCACAACAAGCCUUUUUUUGGUAACCUGCGCAUGGAUCCAUCAUGUCUCUUACUAUUUUUUUUAAAAUUUAUAUAUAUAUACACACACACUCCUAUACGCCAUUGAUGUCUUCCUUACCAUUUAUUACCAUUUAUUAUUGGUAGAAUACCCUAUUUGAUCGUUAUUAUGUUUAAUUAAUGUUAUUAAGUAAAAAAAAAAAGUGACGGUGAGUUUGGAACUUGUAAAUGACAAUCACAGAGCGUG